AUGCGGAGGGGUGUAGAACCGUCGGUCCACCGUACCCUCAAACCACGAUGGAGCCCCAAAAAGAGCUCUCUGCGCGGCGUCGCCUUCGCGGCGGUCGUCUUCUCCACCGUCGCCGUGACGGCCUGCCUUCUGGCCUUCCCUUUGGUCUUCCACUAUGUGCAGACCCUCCAGGCUCACGUUCAGGGUGAGGUUGAGUACUGCAAGUCUCGCUCGCGCGACAUGUGGAAGAGCAUGGUUGAGAUGGGAUCUGAGGGACCGGAGGAUGCUCUUGAUGUUCUUGUCCGUGUCACCAGGCAAGCCGAGGCCCAGUGCUGCACUUGCCAGCAAGGACCCCCCGGAGCUGAUGGACCCCCAGGAACCCCUGGACGUGAUGGAGAGCCCGGCCGUGGACCCGGCCCCGAUGGACCCCCUGGCCCUGAUGCUGAUCUCCAUGAUCGUCUCCUGCCCGUUCCUCCUCAGUGCCCUUGCCGAUCUGCCCCUGGACUCCCUGGACCCCCAGGACCCUCCGGAAACGACGGCCAGCCCGGUGCCCCCGGAAACCCCGGCUCCGAUGGUGCCCCCGGACCCCAGGGACCCGCUGGAGCUCCCGGAAACCCCGGAGGCCCCGGACAGCCCGGACAACGCGGAGCACCCGGAGAGCCCGGCACUCUUGUCCCCGGUAACGGUGGACCCCCCGGACCCCCUGGACAACCCGGACGCUCUGGAUCUCCCGGACAGCCCGGACGCCCGGGUGGCCCCGGAAAGGACGGAUUCCCCGGUGGACCUGGAGCUCCUGGAGAGCCUGGACAGCGUGGACCCCCUGGACCUCCUGGACCAUCUGGAGGACCCGGCGGAAAUGGACAGCCUGGUGCUCCUGGAUCUUGCGACCACUGCCCCCCGGCUCGUCUUGCCCCUGGAUAU